AUGUGGAAACCAGUAGGUGUUCCCUUUCAGAACUCCCAGCCUCUGCCUAUUCUACCUACAACAGAUGAAAUCCGCGCUUGCACCAAUGCUCUGUGGGAGACCGAGGCCUCCAAGAUUGUGGAGGUGAACGACGAUAUUGUUGUAAAAUAUGGAGGCUGUAUAAAUGUCUCAGAAGGCCAGGCUUUGGUUUACCUUGAACGACACGCCCCAGAAGUUCCGGCCCCUCGACUGUACGCGAUGUACUAUGAUUCCGAGGAACUUUUCUUGAUCAUGCAACGCGUUCCCGGGGUGCAGCUGAAGUCCAUUUGGCCAUCAUUGGCGCCCUCGGAGAAGGAUGACCCUUAUCGUAAAACUCCAAGUAAUAUUCGACACAAUGCGAAAGGUCGAGUCCAACAUGGCGAUGACAGAUUCCUGGGCCCUUUCUCCGGCGAACCUGCCUUUGUUGCGGGCCUUGUCGGUAAUUAUAGAGCCUUGGUCGAACGCAAUAAGCGGCCAGACUACAAGGCUCGCUUUUACGAAAAAUACAUCCCUCGCGUCCUUCAAGGCCACCGGCCCACAUUGACGCAUGGGGACGUUCAGCAGAAGAACAUCAUGGUCGUGGAGAAUACAAGUCGCCAAAACGAUCAAGGUGGGCGAUCAUUUGACGUCGUACUAGUCGAUUGGGAGAAUUCCGGUUGGUUCCCUGACUUCUGGGAAUACUUUUGUGCAUCGUGGCCCCUUACUUUCGAUUGGGACGAAGAUUGGUCCUGGCGACUCCAGGAGGUUGUUCAAGUAUGGCCCGCCGAGAUGGCCAUAAUGCAACUGAUUGACAGGGAUCUAGGCUUGUGA